AUGGCACACAAAGCACCCGUCGACAAACACCUCACAGAUGACGGGCUGCACAACGGCGCAGACGCCCCGGCUCGCGAGUGGCCGCGCAUGGCCUUCGACGAGGCCAUGGCCAUGACGCCGCUCCCCCCGGCUGCCCAUGUCAAGAGGUUCAUCAGUCGCCAGCCCGCAUGGAAGCCCGGCGCACAACUGCCGUGGGAUGCUGUGUUUCGAAACGUCGACGGGCCCCGUCCCAGGUUCAUGGGUGCCGGUGCCUUUGGCGGCCACGUCUACGCUCAGGCGCCCUUGGCUGCGGCGAGGGCCCUGGAGCAAGAGGGCAGCAGCAACGUCGAGGCUGAGGGGAAGCUCGGCAUCCAUACCAUCCAAGGCGUCUUUACAUCCCCUGGGCUGCAAGAUAGGCCUUUUGUCUACGAAGUGUCCCCUAUCUCCUCUGGCCGGUCGUUUGCUGCGUGCCAAGUGAAUGCUCGGCAGCCAAAGCAGCCAUCCGAGAAGCCAUCCGGGCCCUUUCCUGCGUCCGAUGCCGACCUCGGCCUCAAUGGCAUCUGCUUCAGCUGCAUCACCACCUUUAAGAGGUCACGGUCCACGCCCGACGAGGUGCAGGCGCCGCGAUCUGCCCAGCAACGCUACGCCGACAUACUCUCGUCGAGAGCCCCGGCUCAGUGGGCCGUGAGCCCGCAGAUCGACCUGGACGUGGUCAAGCAGCUCUUCCCCAACGGAGGCGCGGGCGCCUUUCCCAUCCUCGCCAUGCACAAGGUGGGCAUGGAAGCGUACAACGCCGGGAAGCCAGCCGCCGAGCGCCGGGAGCUGAUAUGCUACCGACUCCUCAAGCCACUGCCCAAGGAGGAUGUCAACGCGCACAUUGUGUGCCACGCUUUCGAGGCGGACCGCAACGGCUUGCUCAUGAUUGCCAACCACCUCGGCUACGGCCACAGCCUAGGCAAGGCGGCCAGCCUGACGUACUCGUUCUACGUCCACGUCAACCCGGAGGAGGCGGUCAUGGACGGCGACGGUUGGUGGCUGCAGGAGAUUGGCUGGCCGCGGGUCAGCGCAGGGCGAUGCAUGAUGGAGAGCAAGCUAUGGAGUCCCGAGGGGAAGCACGUUGCGAGCGGCUACCAGGAUGGCAUUGUGCUGCCGGGGCAGCAAGACCAGCCCAGGCUGUGA